AAAUUAGCAAUUAUAACCUCUUUGAAAUGCAAAAUAUUUAUAUUUUCGUUAAUAUUGAAAAUCAAUUGCUGAAUUAAUGUUUUAAGAUAAAAUUACAAUGAAAGUUUCUGUUGGAGAUGUGGUUAUGCCAGGCGAUUACUGCGAAGAAAUUGCAAAAGCAGGAGAAAAAUCAAAAGUUAUAGUCGGCCCGGGAUUACACAAAGAAAGCAACCAAAUUUAUGUGACAAAAGCAGGAGUAUUGAAGAAAAAGAAUCCAAACACAUACUGGGUAGAUUACUAUCAAAAGAGGUAUAUACCAGCAAGAGGAGAAAAUGUUAUAGGAAUCGUUAUUCAGAAAGCUGGUGAUAUAUACAGAGUGGAUUUAGGUAGUAGCAUGUCCGCAGCCUUAUCGUACCUUUCCUUCGAAGGAGCGACAAAGAAAAACAGACCAAAUGUUCAGAUAGGUGAUGUUGUUUACGCAAAAACUCUUGUUGGUAGCAAAGAUAUGGAGCCAGAAUUAGUUUGCGUCGAUUCCUAUGGAAAGAAAGGUCGGCUGGGAGUUUUAACUGACGGUUUCUUGUUUAAAUGUUCAAUAAACUUGAUUAGAAAGAUUCUGAACCCUCAAUGUCCAUUAUUAGAUUCAUUGAAGAAUGAAUGGCCAUUUGAGCUUGCGGCAGGUAUGAAUGGGAGGAUUUGGAUAAAAGCAAAGUCAAUGAGAGAGACUAUUGCCUUAGGAAAUGCUAUACUGGGAGCAGAAUAUUUAAGUGCUGAAGAAAUUAAAGCAAUGUGUGCAAAUAUAGCUGCAAUAUUAGCAGGACAUGUAGCAUAAUUUAGUGAUUAAAAAUCUUUUAUAUAACUUUA